UUUUUUCAUAGAUUUUCCCACAGAUUUUCCUCAGCAUUUUUGAUUUUUCACAUUUUCAUGUUUAUCUUUUUUGAUGAUGUGAUGUGAUGUUUGUUGUUUAAACAAUUGAUUUUAAAUGAAUGUAUUAUCCAGUUUUAAGUGUUAAGAAGUGUAGAAAGAUGGAGGCACACUUCAUAUUAUUCUCUUAUAUUUUAAAUAAUCUCAAAACGCCUAGAUAAUGCAGUAGUUAAACUUAUAAGUAUGAAUGAAAGUUACAACAGAAUGUUACUGCGGCGUAGAUUUUGUAAACGCGUUGUGCUUAUGUUGACGGCCUUUUCUGUAUCAUUUUACGCUUCAGUUUUAUUGUUUGGAGGCUUUAAAGGGCCACAAGUGAUGCGUCUGACAGAUUUGAAUCGUUGUCCGGCUUGCUACGGCGUCACAGUAUGUCCUGAGCUUUAUUCCAAUCAAAUUACAUUAGAUUCUAACCAUUGGAAUAUGUUUAAUGCUAAGAAUAUCUAUUAUGGCUACACCAAGUCAAACAGAAGAGUAGUUCUAAAGAAACUAGCACAUGAUUGGGAACUAAGAGAGUUUGAUGACAAGCUUUGUGAUACCUGGCACUUGAAACAUAGUUGCAAGGCUAUUGAAUUGCUUAACAUGACAAAUGUAGAUGAGAAACUGUUGAAAAUAGUAGAGUUUAACCUAACAUGGCCAGACACAGAGCCUAGGAAAGGACUAGUGAUGUGUCCUUAUGCAUACAGUUUGUAUGAUUUGAUUCAGUCAUUGUUAAAUAAUAGACGAGAGAGUUAUAAAUCGGAGAUAAUAAAUAUUUGGACCAUGCUCAGCAUUAAUCCUGAACCUAUCAUUUUGCAGGUAAUACCAAAAUCUAAAGGUUGGCCAGUUCCACCAUACGGAGGGGUUUGCGGUCGCCUGGAAGUGGUGGGGCAUGAGGGAGAGCCCCUGUCCACAUUAUUGCAAGUAGCUUGGCACAGGAAGUUGAAGUAUGCACAGAAGAUCUUAGAUGCUGCAAUGGACUUUACUUUUAAACAUGAUCGGUUUCGUUUCUACCUUAUGGAUUGGUCACUGGACAACAUUGUUGCAAAUGGAAAGGAUGAAAUCACAUUUGUUGACUUAGAAGACUUAGUAGUUCUUGAUAAGCAUAUAUUACCAAAAAAAGACCUGCCAGAUUGGUACCAACGGUACUCAAGAGAGCUCAUGGGAUCUGGUUUCACAUUCUCAAUAGAAAAUAUGUGUAGACAUCAUCUUAGUGACCAUAAUCUUUGGGCUGCAUGUUAUGUUUUAGCUGGAGAUGAUAAUCCUUUAUUAUAUCCAAUACCUAAAGAAGUCAAUACUUCUAGACCACAUUUUGAUAGAUUAUUAAGUACAUGUUUGAAUGGAGAAGACAGAUUUCGUACAGUAAGCAAGCUGCAGCAUGUCAUAGAAGAAAUGUUAUCUGAUGAAAAGAUAGUAGGUGUAGGUGCUGUAAGAUGAUGAGUAUUUUUUUUUCAAGAAUCUCUGCCUUAUAAAUUAUUUUAUCUGUGAUAUUAUUAUAUUCUGUGUAAGAUGAGAAAACGUGGUUGCGAAUUAUUUUCAACUUACUGUCAUAAUUUAAUAAGUUUGCUGUAUUUGUACUGAUCAUGAUUCAUUAAC